ACCAAAACCCUCUUCAGUUUUGCUUUAUCCUCUUUCCUUCAUCAGAGUAUCUGUUUCUGGAAAACCUGCAGAAUCAGAAAUGGUCAGAAGCAUCAAGAACCCCAAGAAAGCCAAAAGAAAGGCCAAGGCCAGCUCCAAAUUCCACUACCUUCUCCGGCUCAAAGAAAGGGGAUGCGUCUUCUUCCUCUUCGGGACCGUCGAUGCCGGCGAAGGUAUGGCAACCGGGAGUGGACAAGCUGGAGGAUGGUGAAGAGCUCCAAUUUAAGAAUUAAAGUUUCAAGCUUUCCAAGGGAGUUAAAGGUUUCCAGUUCACCGCUAAAAGCGAAUUUCGUUGCAGGGACUCAGGUUCUGCAUGCAGAGAAAGCUGCUUGGAACUCUCAUGGAAUAUUUAAAGUAUCUAACAUUUCCGGGAAAAAGCGCGAACUAGUGCCAGCCAAAGCCACAGAUGAUGACUCUAAUAUGGAUAGCGAGGACAGUGAUAGUGACGACGAUAGCGAGGAUGAGGAGUCCGGUGGAUCUGGUGCACCUGUUUUGCACGCAAUAUUUUUUUACAUCCCACAGUUGAUUCAGCUCACCUUCAUCUUUCUUAGUAUUUAUCUCAUCUGUGUGCCUUUCCAUUUUUCUUCUUCUGAUGUAUAGUUGCGGGAGGUAGCUCAUGAAGGAUGUGUUAAUCGUA